GAGUCAGGAUCCCCCUGCUCGGUGAAGGAGAGCCCGACCAGACAGCCAGGAGCUCCCCGUUCUCCUGCUUGGACCGGUCCGCUGCUUCGGUUCCGUUCUGGGUUCUUUUUUUCCUGACUUGGAUCAGAAACUGAGAGUUUAAAGUUUGGAGGAAGGAGGACCUGCUGCGGCUGGAGGACAUUUAUGGAGCAGAGGUCCCACCGCUGAGCUCCCACUGUAAGCUUCUCCUCAGAGGAGAGGAUGAAAUCUGCAGAAGAAGAUGCGUAUGGCUUCACGCCAAACAUCAGCCUCUCCCUCCCACUGGGCAACCCUUGCCUCCCCUCCCAGUACCAAGGCCUCCAGUCCAGCCCCGCCAUAUCAGUCUCCGUCACUGAGCCUCAAGCUUUUGACUCGCAGGACGACUUGAGAGCGUCCGGGUUCUAUUCGACCGUCCGUCCAAACGGGGCCCCGGCUCUGGAGAGCCCCCGCAUUGAAAUCACCGCCUACAGUCAAUUUCCCGAGGAUGAGGUACAGGAGAGCAGCCUUCCAGUUGCCAAGCGGGUCAACUCCAUAGUGACGCUGUCCCUCCCCAAUGCUGACGGUUACCGUGACCCCAGCUGCCUGAGUCCAGCUAGCAGCGUGUCGUCACGCAGCGGCCUCUCAGACGCCUCUUACGAGUCCAGCUUCUCCUACAACUACGACAACUCACCCCAGAACUCCCCCUGGCAGUCACCCUCCGUCUCCCCAAAGGGCUCCACCCUCGCCCUGCCGGGUGAGGGGGGCGCCUCCUGCGGCUCUCCUCGUCACUCACCCUCCGCCUCCCCCCGUACGAGUGUAACAGAUGACACCUGGAUGGGGCCUCGAGGUUCCAGGCCCAACUCCCCUUGUGGAGCCAAGAGGAAGUACAGCCUGAAUGGCAGUGAAGCGUCGCACAAGAGCUUCCCAUACUCACCCGCCCACUCCCCAGGCCCGUCCCCUCACGCCUCGCCUCGUCUCAGUGUGACGGAGGAAAGCUGGCUGCCCAACACCAACCAGUACACCAACUCUGCCAUCCUGGCAGCCAUCAAUGCCCUCACCACCGACGGCGUGUCUGACAUUGGCGAGGGAAUCCCCAUAAAGGCACGAAAAACCAGCCUGGACCACAGCCCUACGGUCAGCCUGAAGCUAGAGCCAGGAGGCGGGGAGCUGCGCCAUGGAGACCUCGGUCACGAUGAGCUUUCUGCCAACCGAGCGGCCCUGAAGAAGGAAGGUUACUGCGGAAGUUUCCUGGAUGUUCCUCAGCCGCCUUACACCUGGACAAAGCCCAAGCAGUUCAUCAGCCCGUCUCUGCCGGCUCUGGACUGGCAGCUCCCGUCCACCUCGGGGCCGUACAGCCUGCAGAUCGAAGUGCAACCCAAGUCGCACCACCGAGCCCACUACGAGACGGAGGGCAGCAGGGGUGCAGUGAAGGCGCUGGCAGGAGGGCACCCGGUCGUCCAGCUCCACGGCUACAUGGAGAACGAACCUCUGACCCUGCAGCUGUUCAUCGGCACCGCUGACGACAGGCUGCUCAGGCCCCACGCCUUCUACCAGGUCCACCGCAUCACGGGCAAGACGGUGUCCACGCCGAGCCACGAGAUCCUGCACAACAACACCAAGGUGCUGGAGAUCCCGCUGCUGCCGGAGAACAACAUGCGGGCCAUAAUCGACUGCGCCGGAAUCCUGAAGCUUCGCAACUCCGACAUCGAGCUGAGGAAGGGAGAGACGGACAUCGGGCGGAAGAACACGCGCGUUCGGAUGGUUUUCAGAGCUCACAUCAGCCAGCCCAACGGCAGGACAGUGUCCCUGCAGGUGGCAUCAAACCCCAUCGAGUGCUCCCAGAGAUCGGCCCAGGAGCUGCCGCUGGUGGAUAAGCAGAGCCUGGAGACGUGUGCGGCCUCCGGAGGGGAGAGGAUGAUCCUGGACGGGCACAACUUCCAGCACGACUCCAAGGUGGUGUUUGUGGAAAAGGCUCAAGCUCAGCUGCUGGAGAAACCCCAGGAACCCCCCCCCUCAUCCUCCGUCAAAAUAUCCUCCACGCUGCCAGAGUGCCACAUGUGGAUCUGUUCCUUCUACCGACUCAGUUUCAUUUUACUGUCUGUGUCUCAGAAUUCGCUGUUGGUGGAAAUCCCUCCGUACCGAACGCAUCGCCUCUCCUCGCCCGUCCACGUCAACUUCUACGUCUGCAACGGCAAGAGGAAAAGGAGUCAGUACCAGCGGUUCGCCUACGUCCCCGAAAACGUUCCAACAAUAAAGACGGAGCCGCAUGACGACUACGACGCUGCCCUGAUGUGUACCCAACACAGACCGGGCCAGAUCCUGCACCCAAAGCCGUAUUACCCCCCACAGGUCAUGGCUCCGAUGAUCUCCGACCUCAGGCCGUGCGUGGUGGGCGGGGCUUACGCUGUUAGUCAGCAGAGAUUGGUGGCCAGGCCUUCCUCUGCUACUCCCUGUUCCCCGAGCACCAGCCCCAAACUUCAGGAUCUGGCCCCGUCACCCUUCUCAAAGUGCCUCCAACAGUCGGGCCAUCAGCCACCCAUCCCUCACGUCUCCAUCAUCCAGGAAACUCCAGGACGGUUCCAGCCUCCAGACCUCUACCCGCCCAGCAGCUCUUCUUCUCCUACAGACUCCCAGCCGUCCACCCCGACCGACGCCCCCUUCUCUCACGCUCCUGGCGUGACUCCAGCCCAGCCGGUCAGCGCCAGCCCCGGCGUCCAGGAGCUCCCUGAACCUGCAGAAAGGGGCCCGUCCUCGCUGCCAGAGGAUGGCAGCCCGCCGCCUGUGGCCGUUAGCAUCAAAGAAGAACCACAGGAACUGGACCAGAUGUACCUCGAUGAUGGUGAGAAUAAAACUUCAUCUGUUCUUAAACACAACGGAGAACAGCUGCAAUCUGGUGCAGGAAAAAAAAAAGGAACUCUUCCCGUAACUCAAAUCCUUCAAAAAUUUACCAAAACACAGAAAAUCUUUUCAUGUCAUAAAAAAACCUUUUAAAUGUCAAAUGAUCUC